AUGUCACAUUUUCAAGGGAAUACUGGUACACUGAUCAUAGUGGUCAGUAGAGCAAGAGAUCUACCCAACCGCAGAAAAAUGGAAAAACAGAGUCCUUAUUGUCUAUUACGGAUAUCAAAUCUGACCGAUAAAACAAAGGUAGAUAUUAGAGGUGGUCAAAAUCCAAGAUGGGAUAGUGAGUUUAGAUUCAACAUAACUCCCGAGGUACAGCCUAUAUUGAAGCUUUCUGUGUUAGAUGAGACUAAAAAGGCUCCAGUGCUGGUUUCAGAAGGAGAAGUGGAUUUCACUCCAGUAUUUUAUUCAUCUGUUAAAGAAGGAUUCGAUCUAUGGCAUCAAUUGAAGGCAGGGCAUAAAGAUGCUGGUGAAAUUUAUCUAGAAAUGACAUUCUAUCCUGCUGUAUCAGGCUUUUCAAAAAGUUCUAUGAGAAAAUCUAUACAGAGUACAAGUUCAAAGAGAAGAAAUCUACCAGCUAUUCCAGGUCAAGAAGUAUCAGAACCAGAACUCAAACCAUUAAACUCAAUACCUCCACCGCUACCAAGAAUCGCAUCAGAAGUAGUUGGCUUUGAUGCAUUCAAUCAAUCAAGUCAGUCACAUAGGGAAAUUGAUGAGUUUCCACGUUCAAACACCUAUCACCAACCUUUUGAACAAAAUUUCCAUAAAUCAGAUUCUUUCCGUCCACCAUUCCAACCAGAUUUCAAUCAAUCGCAAAUGUCUGUGAGCUCAUUACCUGAUAUUCCCAUGCAAAAUCAUAUUAAUAAAGAUUUACCUCCAAUUAGAAAUAUUACACCACCAAGAAGUGAACCAUCCACCUUCCCAAAUGUUAUUGCCGAUGAUGAACCAACUUCUCUAGAUCCUGGAAGACAAAGACAGACAACAGAUCUCAAACAAUUUGCCAAAAAUUUAACUUCAAAGUAUAAUAUUCCAAUAUUCGGCAAUAAAAGCCCUCAACAAGAAAGAAGAAUUACAGACUCAUUUGAUGAGCUUGAAAGAGAAGUUCAGUCCGAUUAUAUUAAGACACAUAAACCAGCAAAUACCAGACCACCUGCAUUACCAACACAUAGUCAGUUUCAUACACUAUCAUCUGGAUCAUUACCACCACCUCCUCCCCAACAUAGUUCAGGGUCACUAAACAAUUCAUCUAUAAAUCAUUAUAAUGUUAUUGAACCAAGUACUAGUAUACCUAUAUCACCACCAAGAAGAAAAAGUCCAGAACGCAAAGCACCAAGUAAUUUUUAUAAAAGUGGUAACAGCAGCCCUACAAAACUAGACCUUACGAGUUUACCAUAUGAUGCUAAUACAAUACCCAGUCCAAUUGGUAAAAGAACAGAAAUUGAUAAUUAUGAUAAUAGAGUAACAUCUUCCAAAGAUGAUGAUAUAUUAUUAGAUGGCUAUAAAGCACCUACACCAUACGAUAUCUUUGUUCAAAGAUCAAUGAAAGAAUCACAACAACAACAACAAUCAUUUGGUAGAACAUCUCCAACACGUUUCAAAAGUUCUUUACCACCACCACCUCCUCCUCGUUGA